GCCGGAGCAGGACGCCACGAGGCAAGCAGAGAAGUUCACAGUACGAGCUCAUCCCUCAUCCCCGACCCGCGCCGCCGCCUAUAACCACCACUUCACGUGCCCUAUCCUUCUCCUCUCCCCAAUUUUUCAUCUCCUAAACCGCCGCCAACAUGGACGCCAAGAAACAGUCGCCCCCCACCCCCGCGGCCAUCGGAGCCGCGCCGCCGCCGGCAAGCGGGUACUUCAGCUCCGUCUUCUCCGCGUCGCCUGCGGCAAAUCCAAGAGACGCGAGGCAGACGGACCUGUACACGAUGCUGAACAAACAUAACCCCAAAGGGCAGAGUUGUGGGGGCAUUGCAGAAGGCAAAUCACAAGGCAGUCCUACUAAAGGCCGGGUUGCGUACAAAGAUGGAAAACAGUUCUAUCCAAACGAGUCGUCAGAGUCACCUUAUUUUGGCUCAUCUGUGCAUUACGGCGGCCGGGACUUCUAUGACAGCUCUACUCACAAGCAAGCCAACGAACCAUCAAGAAAUUAUAAGGAGGACAACCCUGAUGGCUCCUUGGCUACCAGAGGUGAUUGGUGGCAAGGUUCACUUUACUACUAAAUAAUUUGCUCACGACUCUCCUAUUGUGAACAAGGAAUAAAAGGGAGGCAGGUCGAGCUGGUUUGUUGUAGUUGACAUGAGUCAUCAAGCAUAAGAAGAUCAUAGUGGAGCCACAUCUGUUCUGUCGGUGGAGGCAAUAUUUAGAUGCAUUAUCCCACCUGGGCAGAUUUGGGCUUAUGUAGUUAUGUGUUUCUUUCUUUUCUUUCGCUAUCGUUUACAUGAUCUAGUGCUGAAAUGUAGUGCGACUGGUACGGCAGCAGCAAGUAGGUCCUCCAAAAAGUUGCUACUAUUUUGCAACUAACGAGAUCAGUUGCUGUAUGCGUCUUGUAUCCUUGUUCGUGGCAUGUUUUGGGAUUAUUUGGAUUUGCACAUCAGUUUCA